CCUGGAACAGAAGUAGUAAAAGCGUGGCAGAUCUGGUUGAGUGUAGCAACGUGCGCGUGUUCGCGCGUGCGUUCGACUCGUCCCUUUGAAAGAGGGAUGAAUUGGCACUCGCGAGAACACGCCUGGUGUGUAAACAAAAUAAGAAUCAAUUAUGGAGCCCGCUACAAAACAUCUUAAACCUACGACUUGUAAAGAAGCGAUUCAAAGAUGGGAAGAAAAAACGGGAUUGAAUGCUGCCGAAGCAAAAGAGGUCAUUUUAUCAUUUCAAUGGCCACCAAUUGAAAAAAUGGAUAACAGUUUGGCUGUUUUAGCUAAUGUAGUGAAAUUAUCUUUAUCCACUAACAUGAUAGAAAGAAUCAGUGGCAUUAAUUCUUUAAAAAAUUUACGAAUUUUAUCCGUGGCUCGUAAUUCUAUCAAAAGUUUUUCCGGAUUAGAGGCGGUAGGAGAUCAUUUAGAAGAAUUAUGGAUAUCGUAUAAUAUAAUAGAAAAAACGAAAGGUGUGAACGUACUUAAGGCCCUCAAAGUUCUUUAUAUUGGUAAUAAUUUAAUACGAGAUUGGGUAGAAUUCAAUCGUUUUCAAGAAAUUCCUAAUUUAGAAGAUCUAUUAUUUAUAAAUAAUCCCUUAUGCGAAACUAUGGAUACUGAGACAUGGCGUACUCAGGUCAUGAAAAAAUUUCCAAAUUUGAAGAAACUCGAUUCGAUUCCGAUAGUGUAUGUGUUAGAGAGGGUUACGCAUUAUAAUAGAUUAGAAAAAGGAAUAAAACUCAAUUAUUUUUUUAGACGUGCUGCUGACGAUUUUUAAGAUGCAUUACAUCGGAUGAAAUAAAAUUGAUCAAAGAACAAAAUAUAAAACAUGUAUUUACAUGUUGUAUCCUAAACCCAUGAUAAAAAUGUAUUACAAUA